GUGCUUUCCAGUGGGAACAAUUAGAAGAGGAUAUAAAAAAGAAGUUGAAAGAUCCAGAAAAAAUUGAACCUGUGCUUGAGAAAGUUAAAUGCAUCCUGAAAACUCCAGGCAAGCUGAACACUGUAAAGGAUUGCAGGUCUCACCAGAUGAAACGGCUGUAUAAUACUUCUCUCAGGCUAUUCUUUAACACACCUGUUCUAGCUGAUGUCAUCUUCAAAAUACAAGGUGCAACUGUCCCAGCCCACAGGGCAGUUCUGGUAGCUCGCUGUGAGGUAAUGGCAGCUAUGUUUAAUGGUAAUUACCUGGAAGCAAAUAGUGUUCUGGUUCCAGUGUAUGGAGUUUCCAAAGAAACUUUCCUUUCCUUUCUGGAGUAUCUUUAUACUGACUCUUGCUGCCCAGCCAGUAUUCUCCAAGCUAUGUCUCUGUUGAUCUGUGCAGAGAUGUACCAAGUAAUGAGACUCCAGCAUAUCUGUGAACUUUAUAUUAUCACACAGCUCCAGAGCAUGCCUAGCAGGGAACUGGCAUCCACAAGUCUUAGUAUUGUUAGCUUGCUCAAAAAAGCCAAGUUUCACAAUUCUGAUUGCCUUUCAACUUGGCUUCUUCAUUUUAUUGCCACUAACUACCUCAUCUUCAGUCAGAAGCCUGAAUUUCAAGAACUUUCAGUGGAGGAGCGUAACUUUGUAGAGAUGCACCGAUGGCCUUCCAAUUUGUACCUGAAGCAGCUUGCUGAUUACAGAAACUACAUCCACUCUCAGAAAUGCCACUGCACAGUGAUGUAA